AUGGCAUUCAGCACCGCGGCCGAAUUUGAUGAGGCCUACCAAACGGUACAUGACACAUUCGCAUCUGGUCUCACCAAAAACAAAGAAUGGCGACGCCAGCAACUCAAGCGCACUUGGUGGAUGAUCGAAGACAACAAGGAUCGCAUCUGCGCCGCCCUCUAUACCGACCUCCACAGACAUCGCUAUGAAACAGGCCUUGCGGAUAUUGCAAUGCUCCAAAAUGACAUCCUGCGCACACUCGAGAAGAUGGACGAAUGGACCAAGGAUGAGAAGCCUACCCGUUGGGACAUGGUAAACUUCAUGGGCGGUACACGAGUACGCAAAGAGCCCAAGGGUGUAGCGCUCAUCAUCGGCGCCUGGAACUUCCCUUUCCUUCUCUUGCUUCAACCCAUGGUCGCUGCGAUUGCGGCAGGCUGCGCGAUCAUUCUGAAACCAUCUGAUAUGGCAGCCGCCUCGCAGGAUCUCUUGAUGGAGAUCAUCCCGCAGUAUCUGGACCUCAGUGCUAUCCGCUGCAUCAGCGCUGGGCCGCAGGAGAUGCCGCACAUUCUGGAGCAGCGCUACGAUCAUAUCUUCUACACUGGAUCGGGCAAUAUUGGCAAGAUUGUACAUGCGGCGGCUGCGAAGCAUCUGACUUCCGUAACGCUUGAGUUGGGAGGUCAAGCCCCGGCUAUCGUGACUGCAAAGGCCAAUAUAGAGUUGUCAGCCAAGCAUAUCGCUGCCGCCAAAUUCACCAAUGCAGGCCAGGUAGGACCUCUUGAUCAGCAAAUUGAAGCAUAUCUCCCGAAGCCACAAUCAACUAACAAGCUCACCCAGGUUUGCCUCAACGUCAACCACGUCGUGGCAGAUCCCACCAUCCGCGAAGCCCUCGUAACUAACCUGAUCAAAUACUUCGAUAAAUUCAUGGGCGGCCGCGACACCAGACCCGAAUACUACACACACAUCGUCAACGAGCGCAACUUCGACCGACUAGACCGACUUUUAACCUCCACAUCAGGCAAAAUUGUCUACGGCGGCCAACGCGACCGCACAACCCGGUUCUUCGCACCAACCAUCGUCACAGACGUCAAACCAGGCGACUCCCUCCUCUCCGAAGAACUUUUCGGCCCAAUCUUGCCCAUAAUGGACGCCGAUCUCGAUUUUGCAUUGAAAUACACUCGCGCCGGGGACAGACCCCUCGCUAUCUACCCCUUCACACAGAGCCAGAUCGAGAAAAGUCGUAUUCUGGACGAGACCGAGUCCGGCGGCGUGACAUUCAACGAUUGUACUUUGCACUUCAUGGCGCGCGAUGCGCCAUUCGGCGGCACCGGUCCCUCCGGUCAGGGCUAUUACCACGGUCCGUACGGUAUACGUGAAUUCUCGCAUCUGCGGACGUUUGUGGAUGGCAUACCGGCGUGGAUGGAAUGGCUCCUGGAUGCGCGAUACCCGCCGUACUCGAUCGAGAAGCUGAAUAAAGUUGCGCCGGCUGUGAAGCCUUCGUUUGACCGGGACGGAAAUGAUACUUCGCUGGGCCUGGCCAAAUGGGUUUUGGGGCUUGGAGCGCUAGUGUUGUCGGUGGCUCUUGUGACGCCGCAACAGCAGGUUCGGUCGGUUUUUGCGCGGCUCGCGAAUCGAGGGUGA